UCACUCUGCCUGCACAGCUCAGAAGGACCUCAGCCAUGAGACCUCUCGUCCUGGCCCUGCUCGCCAUCUGCUUUCUCACCGAAUUCAUGGCGGAAGGCGUGGGGAGUGAAGUUCUAGAAAGGAGCAUCUGCGUGAGCCUGACGACCAAGAAACUGCCAGUUAAAAACAUCAAGACCUACACCAUCAAGGAGGGCUCCAUGAAAGCAGUAAUAUUCAUUACCAGACGUGGCCUCAAGGUCUGCGCGGAUCCACAAGCCGAGUGGGUGAAAAAGGCCGUAGAAAGCGUGGACAAGCCCACCAGAAGAAACAUGAAACAGACCAAGCCAACAGGAGCCCAACAUUUCACCAAUUCAGCUGUGACCCUGACCACAUAGUGGCCUUCUGGCACCUUGUUCCCUCACUAGCCCGCCAGCUCAUUUCCCUUUACAAACUCCUGGACUAAUUAGAUUGUAUUCACUUUUUAUAAAAGUGCUGUGUGAGUCCACUUAUUUUCUUGUAUUUUUAUUUUUCAUGUCUCUCAUCUUCAUAUAGAUAGAUGCUUUAAUUAAUAAAUAUUUAUUACUC